AUGCACAUCUAUCUAUCUAUCUAUCUAUCUAUCUAUCUAUCUAUCUAUCUUCUGAAAAUUAAAUAUCUAUCUAUCUAUCUAUCUAUCUAUCUAUCUAUCUAUCUAUCUAUCUAUCUAUCUAUCUAUCUAUCUGUUUUCGUCUCUUUCAACAACUUAUUAUUCAUCAGUCUGAAAAUUAAAUAUCUAUCUAUCUAUCUAUCUAUCUAUCUAUCUAUCUAUCUUCUGAAAAUUAAAUAUCUAUCUAUCUAUCUAUCUAUCUAUCUAUCUAUCUAUCUAUCUAUCUAUCUAUCUAUCUGUUUUCGUCUCUUUCAACAACUUAGUUAUUCAUCAUUAUUCAUCAGUCUGAAAAUUAAAUAUCUAUCUAUCUAUCUAUCUAUCUAUCUAUCUAUCUAUUUUUCGUCUCUUUCCAACAACUUAUUAUUCAUCAGUCUGAAAAUUAAAUAUCUAUCUAUCUAUCUAUCUAUCUAUCUAUCUGUUUUCGUCUCUUUCAACAACUUAUUAUUCAUCAGUCUGAAAAUUAAAUAUCUAUCUAUCUAUCUAUCUAUCUAUCUAUCUAUCUCUAUCUAUCUAUCUAUCUGUUUUCGUCUCUUUCAACAACUUAGUUAUUCAUCAUUAUUCAUCAGUCUGAAAAUUAAAUACCCAUCUAUCUAUCUCUCUAUCUAUCUAUCUAUCUAUCUAUCUAUCUAUCUAACCUUAUUCAUCAGUCUGAAAAUUAAAUAUGCCCAUCUAUCUAUCUAUCUAUCUAUCUAUCUAUCUAUCUAUCUAUCUAUCUAUCUAUCUAUUAUUAUUAAAAUAUUCUUACGUCAUUGCAAUGUUUGUGGUUAUCUUCCACUCAAUCUGUUCAUAUCUAUCUAUCUAUCUAUCUAUCUUAGUGUUUUCAUAUCUAUCUAUCUAUCUAUCUAUCUAUCUAUCUAUCUAUCUAUCUAUCUAUCAAUGUUUUUUAUCUAUCUGUCUAUCUAUCUAUCUAUCACAAUGUUUUUCAUAUCUAUCUAUCUAUCUAUCUAUCUAUCUAUCUAUCUAUCUAUCUAUCGCAAUGUUUUCAUAUCUAUCUAUCUAUCUAUCUAUCUAUCUAUCUAUCUAUCUAUCUAUCUAUCGCAAUGUUUUCAUAUCUAUCUGUCUAUCUAUCUAUCUAUCGCAAUGUUUUCAUAUCUAUCUAUCUAUCUAUCUAUCUAUCUAUCUAUCUAUCUAUCGCAAUGUUUUCAUAUCUAUCUAUCUAUCUAUCUAUCUAUCUAUCUAUCUAUCUAUCUAUCUAUCUAUCUAUCUAUCGCUGUGUUUCAUAUCUAUCAAUCUAUCUAUCUAUCUGCACUACGAAUGUAUCAAACCGUCGUCGUCUUCUUCAGGCCAGGAACAUUCCGUCUUUCUGACGUGACUUUACUUAUUCCUUCUUUUUUCUUAUUUAGCCCGCCUUUAACAUGA